ACUCUCAGUCACACACUCGGUAACCAGGCAGGACAGCCACACGUAGACUGUCUCACUGCUUUCUCGUUAAUUUCUGCUCUCUGGUUUUCUCUGCCCACCCCCCCUUAUACACACCCACGCCGACAGCUAAAAAAAAAAAAAGAAAAACCCUUCCACUAUGACAGUUUCUAUGUCACUACAGUAGUAGCAAAAGAAGGAAGUGUGAGCAGUGUCUCUUCACUUUCACAAUAAAGAAGAGGCAUGGCGGAGAAGACGUUACUAAGAAAACAAGAGCCAAAUCAAAUUAAGCCAAAACAAGCGACUGAGGCGAGAGCAGCUUUAGGAUUUGGAGUACAGCUUCCAGAAGUGGUGGAACACCGCGAAUCUACAUUUUGAACAGUUCUGUUCCGUUUUUUUAGCAGGCUAUUUUUGUUUUAUUUUUUUGUCUGCUCCCCGUGUUGGUGUUUUUCUUAUUUCUUUAUUUUUGUUUUAUUUAUUUCCGUUUAUUUUUCUGUACGGGAUAUUGGUUUCCGUAACUUAUUCUUAACGCAAAGUAAACUCUUACUUGUGCUUAUCGGUACUUAAAUAAUUAAUAGCAAAUCUCUGGAUAUACUAAAUGGGUGCCAAACAAAGUACCAGUAGCCCAUCUGCAAACGGCCGAACCAGGGCUUAUUCGGGGUCGGAUCUGCCUUCCAGUACUUCUAGCAGCACUGAUACCAGUCGGACUGCAGCUCUGGCGAUGAGGUACGGUCAUUAUGGCCCUUCCACCCAUGGGGCCUCGGGAGCCACUGCCGCUGUCGCUCAUCAUCUUGGCUCAAGGACCCGGUCCAUGGGGGGCGGUGGAGGUGGGUCAGGCACCCGAGCCCAGGCGCUGAAUCAGCCCGGGCUCAAUAUUCCCAACAGCAGUGCAACUUACAGUUCCCAGGAGUCCGGUAACAGCACCCCAGAAGAAAAUACUGGAGAACGUGACAGGUCAGGCGGGGGUCACGGGGGGCCCAGGCUCAUGAUAGGCUCGCUUCCUGCACACCUUUCGUCUCAUAUGUUUGGAGGGCCGGCAGUGGUAAUGAUGCGGCAAUAUGUGGCACCCCAGCUGAAAAGCUGGAAACAACAUUCAUUCAUUUAUUUAUUUAUGUAUUGUUUGUUUGUUUUUCUUUGUUUGACCAGUGAUUUUACACAUUACCACCACAUGACCUAAGUAGGUAGAGAACGUUGAGAUUUUCUAUAACUGAGUUUGGGCUUAAUUUCUUGUUUUAAAUAAAUAAAAUACUGACUGCUGCUAUAGGAACUCUAAAGUGAGAUUAAGUUACUGUUUUUCAUUGUCAGAGCCAAGGGGAAUAUGAUUUAAAGCACCAACACGCUGUGGAAAUAAACACAACCAAUCAAUACAGAGACAGGCAUCCUUACACCUAAUAAAUAGAUUAUUUUGUCAAUGCAGAACCGGUUACAUUUUAUAAUGUAAUUACAUUGUUUAUUAUGAUUUAAGAGUUUUCUUUGAUAUCCUGUGUUUGUCAGAUUUAUUGAUGGAGAUGGAGCUAUUCAUCAAAUGGUUUGGUUUACAUAUCUUUUCUGCAUUAAAGCACAAACUUCGCUACUCUGUUAAUGUUUCACUUAGUGAUUUAUCAUCACCAGCAGCGCUCCAGAUAAGGUUUUGGGUCUGGGAGUAACUUACCCUCUAAUGUUAACGCUGAGAGUAAAAUGCAGCAUUACCUUGAAGUCACAGAUAAUCUCGAUUAAAUACUGUACAAUCUAUAAUGGUAACUGGGUAGGUAUUAAAAAAGAGCCUUCCAUUUUAACUGCAAUGUUACUUUGAACUACUGUACAACCACACGUGUGUUCUACAAGGUUCUUUAUCGACUCAGCAAAUUUUUUUUGAGAUAUCACACAGACUCUACAAAUUAAUUCCGUUACUUAUAUUUCAGCAGGAGAGGCGGACAAGUUGUGCAACAAAAUUGAUUUGCAUAGUUUUAUGCAUUAAAUUUAGUGCAUAUUUCUGAUUUUUUGAUGAUUAAAAAUGGCAGGUACACAGCUUAUCUGGACAGUGGAUCACUAGCCGCUUUCUUACUAACCACAUACAUAGAGCAUGUGCCCCCACACUUCUAAAACGUGCGUAAACAAGAAAUAUGUUUGAUUGUUGACAGCAUAUUAAUUCUUUGCAUUUAUUCACAGCGUGGUGGUGCUUUAAAUCAUAUUCCCCUUGGCUCUAACAAUGAAAAACAGUAACUCAGUAACAGUAAUCUGACUUUAUAAGUGUUCCUUUAGGAGCAGGCAGUGUUGUGGUACUUCUGAGGAGAGUAAAACAAGCCUAAUAAGCACUUUUUACUUAUUUAAAUAAUGUAACUUUUUUUGUAUUUAUUUAUUUUUUAAAUAAGAACUGAAACCUAAACUGUCAAAAUGGAAAAUGUCAUGUUUUUGUUGUGCAUAUUGUUUUGUUUGUAUUGAGUUCUCUGCCUUCUUAGGUCAUGUGGUGAUAAUAUGUAAAAUUACUGGUCAAACAAACAAACAACAGAGAAAUGAAUGGAAGGAUGUGCAAUCUUAUUUAUAACUUUUUUUGUUGCAGACUUUGUCAUAUUAAUGCUGUUUAAUAAUAGAUUUUCUGUUUACGCAUAUUCAAUUCUUUCCAUACAGGUGUGUUUCUUGGACCUUUGUUUCAGGUUCCGGUAGUAAUAAAUAGGUCUGCAUGCAGGUGAUAGUAAUAGGAUCUCGAGAAGAAAUUAUUUAGAAUAGCUAGCAUGUUGUGUUUUGUGUUUUCUGUCAUGUGUCUGAGACGAAGAUGUUUGAUGCACAUUCUUUUUGUUUGUAGUGUUUUUGUAGUAUAUUUAUGUACUAAAAUAUUUAAAAAUAAAAACAAGU